UUACUAUAGCGAAUCAGACAUUAUUAACUUUUUCUCGACUGGUCUCUUCUUGGGCAAUUUCAUUGAUCCACUGAAUUAACCUAUAUUGCUGUGAUCGAUCCCUUUUACUUCAAUUUAUUCAUUAAUUUUAUUUCUCGAUCCAAUCCGAUCCGAUCGAUCGCCAUGAUUGUAAGCACGAUUGCUCUUCAGUGUGAAGACGAUGAGCAUCCAGAGUUUGGUUUGGGGUUUUCUGCAGCUCUGCCAGCCUCUUCUUCAUCUUUGUCUUCAUCUUCAUCUUCAAGCUCAUCCCGCGUGCUCUUCAGUGCCUCAAGGCAAGAUUCCACCGGAUAUUAUCCACACCAAUUAUUCCUUCACCACCAGGACGAUCGCAAUUAUGCUUAUGGUGUGAAUGUGAUGGAGGAUAAAGUUAAACUAAGCCUGAGGCAGCUGGAAGAAGAUCAAGACUGCCGCCGGCCAGCUGCCGGAGAGACGACAACAAAGAACAGUAAUAAUAAUAAUAAUCAUCAUGUAAGUUGGAUCACAACUCCCAAAAUGAAGAAGCCGCCGCCAUCGUCUUCUUGGGGAAGUAAUUUCAGCAGCAACACCCCAAUUAGGGUUUGUUCCGAUUGCAACACUACAAAAACCCCUCUUUGGAGAAGUGGUCCUAAAGGCCCCAAGUCUCUGUGCAAUGCGUGUGGGAUUAGGCAAAGGAAGGCCAGGCGAGCUAUGAUGGCCGGCAACUACCAGAAGCCGCCGGCGCCGGCGCCGGCGAAGAUGCGGAGAAAUGGGUCGAUGACGGGAAAAGGAUGCAGAAGGAGAAGGGUGGGAUCGUCAUCGUCGUCGUCGUCGUCGAGGUUGGAAGAAUCAUUGAGAAAGCUGAAGAAGAAGGUGGGAUUUGUUCAUCAGAGUAGAGUGUUUCCUGAAGAGGAGAAGGAUGCUGCGAUUCUGCUCAUGGCUCUAUCUUCAGGCGCUGCAGGCUAGCUUAUGAUCAUCAAUUCACCUACCUCCAUAAUCUAUCCUUCACCUAAUUAUCAUUUAAUUAACCAUAUCUUUCCAAUUUUAAGUUUCGAUUUUUUGUUUAAGUUGAUUUCUAGCUUGGAGAUCAUUCAUGAGCGCCUGAGAUUUUGCUUUGUGCGUCUUCUUCUUUUGAUGUUUUUUCUCUAAUAAAUUAAAGAAAUAAAAAUAAAUCGUAUGGAA